AUGUGGUCUCUUGCCACUCUUACUCACAAGGAGUACCAGAUCGUCGAUUUAAAUUCGAGGCUUGAUCUACUUACACCUCACUUGUGCGAAUAUGUCAAGUUCUUCAAUCAUUCUCAGGGCUUGACUUAUUCCACAGCAACCACUGCUGCCACCACUAUCAGCGACAGCACUAAUGCCAACGCGGCAAGCAUUGGGACCGCCAUCAACAUCUGUACAUCGAAUUCUAUUACCGCGAUUAGCGCACCUUUAAGCAGCAUCUCCACCACACUCGGAUUCCCUCCAAGCAUUACGAAUAGCUUGCAUCCUAUCAGAACCGACGUCACAUCUUUCAAUGACAAUCUUGGCUGUACUUACAGCUUAGCUUCUGGCAAAGGAACUAAUAGAGGAACGGGCAUAUCCAAUCUUCCUUGUCUUCCCAAUGGUGGCAUGCGGUCUGGUAAUCAGUCUUAUCAUGCAACUGGGUCGGUUCGUCUAACAGAAGCAUCUCUCACCCCCGAUCCUCUUGCCUAUUAUUGUCCUUUUGGUAAUGCUAGCGGUAGCGGUUUUAUAUCGCCUGAAUUUAUUAGCGAAAAUUCUAACGAGGAAUUAACUUUCGUUGCUUCUGACCCCAACGUAUUAGCUGGCCUGCAGACUCACUUGCAUCAACAGCCCUUCCUUCAACAGACAGCUCACAAUCUACUCCAGCAAGUCCAGCCACAGACACAUCUACUUCACUCUCAACAGCAAGAUCACCAACAAUACCGCCUAGCAGGCCAGACAGUCAACUCAUUGACCUGCAAUACAUCUCUUUCUCCCGCCUUAUCAUUUGCUAUUCGGUCUACUAAUAACAGUUUCUCUGGACAACCUGUUCCCAAUAUCGGAAACAGACCUCUCGUGGGCAAUGCUCGCGUCGGAAUCGAUGCUGGUUCUGAUUCUCUUUUUACAUCCACCUCUACCUUCUCCGAUUAUAAAGCUUCUUCUAGUACCAGUGUCAAUGACGCCUUAGUUAUGCCUUCAUCUACAGGUCUCAAGAAUUCAGAUUACCUCAUGCUGCUGCCGCAGACAGCCCACUCGCCUAGCCCAGGAUCACCCAAUGUUUCGGGCUUGAUAAACGAUGAUUUUUCGGGCUCGUUAUCAUUUGAUGAUCCCGGUUUUUUACGUUCUGGGCAAGUAGGCCUUAAUUUAUUGCCCAAUCAGGCCACCCCCAAAGCAAAUCUUCACUAUUAUCAUCACCACCAGCAAGCAAAUCUACAAUAUCAGCAUCAACAACAAAUGGGUAGGAUAUCUACAUUUUCAUCGGAACCUCUUCUUGAAGAGAGUCAUGAGUCCCGGGAUCUGUUCUCUUCACUUUCGCCAACUGUGGCGCCGUCCCAUGGCUCAAUUUGUUUUCCUGCAUCAGGAUCUUGCUCCAAUGACUCCGAUAAGCAUAAGCCCGCCACAGAGUCAACUCUACCUGGAAUACUCGAGCCUGGGUCUCACGAGGUUCUUUCUAUUCCUGGGUCAAGGGAUUUUAAGACAGAGUCCUGUCAUAUACUCUCACCUGGGGUUCCGACCACUUCUUAUUUAACCAACGAAUCUGCCACUAUAUUUACUAGCCUUACUGGAUCCAACAGGUGUGCAGUGAGUAUAGCGUCGUCUUGUGCAGUUAAACUGCCCGAGUGUACUUCGCCCAACGUCUCACUUUCUUCUGGAUUCUCGAAUCAGCUAUCCCCUGGCCUACAACUAGCCAAUAACAAUCCCAAAGGUCCGAAUCUGGAACUUUCCGCCUCGGUAAAGAUUGACGGUUUAUCUGCAGAUGUUUCGAGUGCGACAGCCUCAACUAACUCAACUAUCUGUCUUCCUAACCCCGAUAUCGGCGUAGGAAUGUCUUCAGACGACUUUUCUUUUUCUGAUGUUGACAAUACCUCCUCUGCUCACCUUUCUGAGUUUAAUAUUAGCUCAGGCGACAAGUCCAAAAAUUCACAGCUACACCAAGUCAAAAGCCUGGUCUCCUCACAUCCUUCCCUUCCUCAGGGCCUUUCUACGUCCUGCGCUGCCACUAUUAUUUCUUCUAUUCCCACUUCUCCCUCUUCGUCUUCCUAUUCUCCUCCUUCCCAGACCCCACUUAAUCAAGUCACUAACCGGGCAGUCUCCAUGGCUUCUUUUCCCUUCUCUGACACUCCACCCUUCUCAUCCCCAAUUAUGGGAGGGACAGUACCUUCAAUUCUAACCACUACUACUAUCACUCCAUUUGUCGUGUCAGACAAUCGUAUUAUCGACCUUGCUUCCAAGCCUUCUUGUUCCGAUGUUAGCAAUAUGGGGCCGGCAGGAUCUACCUCCAUACGCGAAUUACAUUUUGGCCAAAUGGAUUCUAGGCCACCUGACAUGGAUACGAUUAGCUUACACAGUCCGAAGGGAGCGGAGGUAAAUUUUUUGACUUCCAGAUGA